UAUGGUAAAAGGAUGAAGGAUACAUUCUAUAUAUCACACGGAUCACCGGCGCUGCCGAUAGACGACUCACUUCCGGCAAAGCAAUUCUUGGUGUCGUGGAAGGACAAAGUGUUUCCCCAAACACCCAAAUCCAUCCUCGUCAUUUCUGCUCACUGGGACACUUGUUUUCCCUCCGUCAACAUUGUUCCCCGCAAUGACACGAUCCAUGACUUCUCUGGUUUCCCCGAUCCUUUGUACAAGUUGGAGUAUCCGGCACCAGGGGCACCGGAGUUGGCACUGAGAGUGAAGGAAUUGCUGAUUGCAUCAGGGUUAGAGCAUGUGGACGAAGAUAGAGGACGUGGUCUGGACCAUGGUGCAUGGGUUCCGCUGAUGCUCAUGUAUCCAGAGGCCGAUAUCCCGGUGUGCCAACUCUCUGUUCAAUCGGAAAGGGAUGGGAAUUACCACUACAACAUGGGAAAGGCUUUGGUCCCUCUCAAGGACCAAGGUGUUCUCAUCAUGGGUUCAGGGGCCGCAACUCAUAACUUGGAGGUUCUUAGUAAGGACUUGGACGGUGUUGUGCUUCCCUGGGCUUUGGAGUUCGAUACUUGGCUUAAAGAUGCUCUCCUUCAAGGAAGAUACAAAGAUGUGAAUGAGUACGAAGAAAAGGCGCCACAUGCAAAGAUGGCUCACCCAUGGCCGGAGCACCUGUAUCCAUUGCAUGUGGCCAUGGGAGCUGCGGGUGAGAACGCAAAGGCCAAACUAAUCCAUGAAAGCUGGCAUCUUGGUGCUUUUUCCUAUGCUUCUUACCAGUUCACUGCAGGCUGCUGAUGCUACCUGCCCUUCAAUUAUGUUAAAUGAAGACAAGCCCUUAUAUUAGAUACAAUAAAGACAAGCCCUAUUCAA